CGCCAUGGCCCGCACCCCCAGCCUGCUGCGCCUGGCGCUCCUGCUGCUCGGGGCGGUGGGCAGGGCCGGCCCCCGCCCACAGGGCGCCAGGGUGUCCCUCUCAGAGACAGUGCAGAAAUGGAGAGAGUACCGGCGCCAGUGCCAACGUUUCCUCACGGAAGCGCCACUCCUGGCCACAGGCCUCUUCUGCAACCGGACCUUUGAUGACUAUGCCUGCUGGCCAGAUGGGCCCCCAGGUUCCUUUGUGAAUGUCAGCUGCCCCUGGUACCUGCCCUGGGCCAACAGUGUGCUCCAAGGCCACGUGUACCGGUUCUGCACAGCGGAGGGGCUCUGGCUACAUAAGGAUAACUCCAGCCUGCCCUGGAGGGACCUGUCGGAGUGUGAAGAGUCCAAGCGAGGGGAGAGAAACUCCCCUGAGGAACAGCUCCUGUCACUGUACAUCAUCUACACAGUGGGGUACGCGCUCUCUUUCUCCGCCUUGGUCAUUGCUUCAGCCAUCCUUGUUGGCUUCAGACACUUGCACUGCACCAGAAACUACAUCCACCUGAACCUGUUUGCAUCCUUCAUCCUCCGAGCACUGUCCGUCUUCAUCAAAGAUGCUGCCCUCAAGUGGAUGUACAGCACGGCUGCCCAGCAGCACCAGUGGGACGGGCUCCUCUCCUAUCAGGACUCUCUAGGCUGCCGACUGGUGUUCUUGCUCAUGCAGUACUGUGUGGCAGCCAACUACUACUGGUUGCUCGUGGAAGGCGUGUAUCUCUACACGCUGCUGGCCUUCUCGGUGUUCUUGGAGCAACGUAUCUUCAAGCUGUACCUGAGCAUAGGCUGGGGAGUCCCGCUGCUGUUUGUUAUCCCCUGGGGCGUUGUCAAGUAUCUCUAUGAGGAUGAGGGCUGCUGGACUAGGAACUCCAACAUGAACUACUGGCUCAUCAUCCGAUUACCCAUCCUCUUCGCUAUCGGGGUCAACUUUCUUAUCUUCAUCCGGGUCAUCUGCAUCGUGGUCUCCAAGCUGAAGGCUAAUCUCAUGUGUAAGACUGACAUCAAAUGCAGGCUUGCCAAGUCCACUCUGACGCUCAUCCCACUUCUGGGGACACAUGAAGUCAUCUUUGCCUUUGUGAUGGAUGAGCAUGCCCGAGGAACCCUACGCUUCGUCAAGCUGUUCACCGAACUCUCCUUCACUUCCUUCCAGGGCUUGAUGGUGGCUAUCUUGUACUGCUUUGUCAACAAUGAGGUCCAGAUGGAGUUUCGGAAGAGCUGGGAGCGCUGGAGGCUGGAACACUUGAACAUUCAGAGAGACAGCAGCAUGAAACCCCUCAAGUGUCCCACCAGCAGUGUCAGCAGUGGGGCCACAGUGGGCAGCAGUGUGUACGCGGCCACCUGCCAGACUUCCUGUAGUUGAGCCCCAGUGCCGCUCAUCCUGUGGUCUUUGCUGUUGGCUGGGUGGGCCAUCCCAGGUGGGAGAGACCCUGGGGACAG